UGCGGGCUGAUCGCAUCGCAUUCCAAUGUGAGCGAGAUGUAACCGCUGUGCAGACUUUAUGUUUCCUAAACCGUCUCCAGCCGCAUUUUGAAUGAAUAAAAUGUCCGGUCUGAAGGAGUCCAACUCUUGUCCUGACGGCUACAGGGCUUUGAGCACAAGUGAGCUGAGGGAGCUUUUACAAAACGACGACAAAAUGGACCAAAUCCUUCGACUCAAUGAGAAGUUUCAGGACCUUCAAGUGGACAGAGAGACACUGCAGACGACCAAUCGGAGCUUGGCCGAGGAGAGCCUCGCCCGACGACCCCGCCUUUAUAACGGCAAACUCCAACUGGCGGAGAAAUACCGGGAACUGUCCAACCUGGCAACCACAUGCUGGGAAAAACAGAGUCAGCUUGAGGCUCAUGUCCAGAAGCACAGUCUGCAGACGGCGCAGAACCUCCUGCAGGAAGAGGUGGCACGUGCUGAGGAGCAUUCAGAGGAGCUGCUGGAGAAGUUCAUGGAGGGAAACCUAAGCCUGGAUGAGUUCCUGGACUCUUUCCAAAGCUCCAGGAAGACGUAUCAUAUCCGCCGGGCCCAGGCGGAGAAGAUGCAGGAGGUCGUGCAGGCCAAGCGACAGCCGAGCAAAACCAAGAGAGUGGAGGAGAGCAAAGAGGUAAAGAAGGACUCGGAGCAGCCGCAGGAGCCUCAGCGGCCCAAUGGCUUCGUAGCACAGGGACCUCUUCGAGUGUUCCAGGUACGCUACGGCCUCACGCCAGCUAUCCUCCUCCCCCAUUACCCCGUUUCUCCCCCUGCCUCAGCUCCAGGCCAUCAAAGUAGUACUCCCCCACCUGAACCGGGACAGACCCACAUCCUCAGCCCCAGCACCCCACUCCCAGGACACGGCCAGCCGGUCGGCCUCAGGGUCAUUGGACAGUUACCGGGUGGCUGGCCGGCUAACGGGCGGCCGGUGAGAGUGCAGCAGCUGUAUAGGCCGAACCCUCAACAGCCUGAGCCGCCGUACCGAUAAGCUGGAGGAGAGGGGAGGAGGAGGAGGAGGAUGAAAAGCCGGUUUGAGAGGUCUUCCAAGACAUGGAACCAAACAGUGGCCGUCACAAUCAUGUAAGCAAAGACUGAUUCAGAGACAGGCAGCGCUGCAGACGUCCGUUUCUGUUCUCCAUCCAUGACACACAAAUGUAACCAGAGCAGAGACUGGGAGGCAGCAGGUGACUAGGACGAGGAGGGAGGACUAGGGAUGGGCUCCGAUAGCAGGAUUCGUUUCGACACUGACAAAUCUCUUAUCAAAUCUUUUAUCUCUCCUUAUUGUUUCUCAUUUAUUAUGGAAAACACAGACGAAUCUGAUAGCCGAUUUAUGAGCUUGGCUGGCGAGCGCCGUCUAUGACUGCAGAGUGUAGAGCACAGUAACACUGAGAGUGAAAGCAGAGACGAUUGAAAAAAAUUUAAAAUAAUCAUUACAUAGAUUAUUAACAUGAGCGUACCACUUCAGUCUGAUCUGCAUAGUCUGGAUGUGAAGUAGCUACCACAGCCCUGCAUGAAUAACUGAUCUUGUGAUUUAAAUAGUCAAAGCAUUAUGAUUUCUUACAUUGUAAUCAAAAGAAAUGCAUCAAUUGAUUAAACUUUGAAACACUUUAUUCUGUAUAAGUGGAACUUCAGCCAGGAAAGGUAAGAGAGCUACCACGUCAUACGCCCUAUCGGCUCAUUUCGUUAGAGGUUUAUGGUCGGCCUUUUGCCGGCUUGCUGCUCUGAUUGCCAUCAAAACAUGAAGAUUGAAAAAAAUAAUGGAGACUUAGGGAAGUAAAAUUGAUUUUGUGGAGGAGAGAACUUUUAAUUUCCCUUUCCCCCCCAAAAGAAUGUUUGUUGUUGGAGCAGCUGAAAACACAGUAGCCGUCUCUUAAAACUGGACUAAAUAUGGCUAAAAUUUGUUGACCUUUAAUUCAGUUUUAUUCAUAAAGCCCAGUAUCACAAAUCACAAUUUGCCUCAGAGGGCUUUACAGCA